UAUUAACAGGACUGUAGGCGUGUACGUGUAAGUGAAUGAGUUCUUUUCAUCGUUGGGUCGCCGUAAUCCGGUCUGUGGAAGAUCGUCAAAAUCACCUCAGUCUCUAAUUGCAGAGGUUCAAAUCCAGAUCAACCAUGAUUGCUGUUGAUUUGUACGAGCCCCAGGUCUUGGCUCUGGUUGUAUUUGCCAGUUUCAUUGGCCUAUCUGCCUUGGUCUAUAUCAUCUCUAUCUUCACCAUGAAGGAGAAGACAUAUGAGGAAGCCAUAGCUGAGCAGAGAGCCCGUCUGGACAAAGAGCAGCAACUACAACGAGACCAGCGGCAGAAACGUCGUCAAGCUUUCCCUCGUAAGAAGAAAGAGAAGGCUAAUGACAUCGACCAGUCUACUCCACCCCCAUCUCCUCCAUCACCUCCAUCACCGCCGGUUGAGGAGAAAAUCAAACCAGCAGUUGAGCAACAACAGGCUGCCGCUCCACCUCCUGCUCCUCAGCCCAAGACCAAGUCUCCUAAGCAGGCAAAGCAAACCAAACCACAGCUGGAACAGCAGCAGCAGCAGCAGCAACAGCCCAAGCAAAAGCAGCAACAGCAGCCAAAGGUAAAAGAGGCUACCAAAGAAGUAUCAUCCAGAGAAGCUCCAUCCAAAAAGGCCCUCAAGGAGACCCAGGUGAAAGAAGCUCCCAUUGAGAAAGCUGCCACUGCAUCCACUAAAGCAGCCCCUCCUCCAGCCAAGACGGAAACCUCUCCUAAGCCUAACCAGAAGUCCAGUCAGAAGUCCUCCCAGAAACCGAAGCCUGUUGAGGAGAAGCUCCAGAAGAAAGAAGCACCAAUAGUUGCCCAGAAAGCAACUGAUUCUCAAGCUGCACCGCCGCCUCCCAAGAAAGAUGGCAGUGGGGCCCAGAGUUCUCCCUCGAAGACCAAGAUCAAAGGAGCAAAAUCUGGAGCAACAGUGGAGGAAAAAGCAACUGCAGGACCAAGUGGUGAUUCAGCUGUUGACACUGGAGCCUUGAAGGCCAAGAAUCUUAGCGCCAUGCUAAAGACAGCAACUCUGUCUAACAAGGAAGUGCAGCAACUUGUUGAGGUGCUUCUCAACAAAAAUGGUGGGUCAGCUGCUGCAUCGGAAAACUGGGUCAAGGCCAACCAGCGUGAUCCAGUUCAAGCCAUGAAAAAACAACUCCAGGAGAAGGAACAGGCCUUACACAAUGAAAUGUUGCUUGCCCAGUCCUCCUCUCAGAAAGUGAAGGAACUACGUGCUGAACUGACCCAAGAAAAAUCUCAAAGGAUCCAAGUCGAUUCCCGCUUCAAAGAGGCUGUGCGUAAUCAUAGCCGAGAAUGUGACGCACUUCGUGCUAGACUCCAACAGAACCAUGAUGUUCACACCCGUGAGACUCAGAAUCUGCAAACUCGCAUCAAGCAACUAGAGGCCAGAAAUGAUAACACCGGGGUAGAAGCUCUUAAACAACUCCGAGAUGAGAAUGCACAGUUGAAAGGAGAAGCAGGACGGAAUGCACAGCAUUUUCAGAAUGAAAUCCAGAAGUUGAAAAACCAGAUUACGGCCAACGAGGGUCGUGCAAGGCAAGGUGAAGAUCAACGACGUAACCUGGAAUCCAAACUGGCUCAAUAUGAGCAGCAGAUUAAGGUGUAUGAAGCUGAGCAAGCUGGACAGCGUGAGAAUGAAACAGCCCUCUCCAAGCGUCUGAGUGAAGUCUCUGAGGAGCUUCGUAAGGCAGAGUCUCGCCUCCAGAACUCGGCCCGUGAGGGAGACAAGACGAUGGAGCGACUCCAAUCAUUGAUGAAGGAGAAUGAGACAGUCAAGAAACAGCUACAGGAGGUGUAUCGUCUAGAUAGUGAAAAGAGUACACAGAUGUCUGCUAUGGAAGGCAGGCUCAGGGAUUCUGAGAAGCAGAGGAUAAACCUUGAGGGCAUUGUCAAUGACUCCAAGGCAAAGUUGUCUGACUCAGAGAGAGUAUGCAUGCAGAAGGAUAAAGAAAUCUUGAGUCUGAGAGAUACCAACACCUCACUGGAGUCCCAGUUACAAGCCAAGAUACAGGAACUUACCCAGGCAGUUGAAGCAAUGAAACCCAAUGGAGAUAUGGGCAAAGAGGAACCCAAGGAAGAUGUUAUCCUGAAGAAAGAACAUGAGAACAUCAUCAAUGAGAAGGAAAAAGCAUUGGCCACAUUGCAAGGUGAAAUCUCGUCCAGGGAGAAUGAAAUGGAGACACUUAAACAACAGUUAGAGCAGCAGAAACAACGGAACAAUAAACUUCAGGAGAAAAAUUGGAAGGCCAUGGAAGCCCUCACGGCUGCUGAAAAAACUAGCGAAGAGAAAGUGGCCAAGGCGUUGGAGAAAGAGAAGAGUCUGCAAGAAGUUGCUCUUUGGAGCCUAGAGGAGGAACUGGAUGCAUGUUUAUACAAGGAGAAGGAGGCAUCCAAGAGCAUGCUGAUGAGGAUGUUCCCUGAUAUUAACAUUGAUGCCACUCUGGAGUAUAAAGACUGGCUAUCACAGUUUGAGAAGAAUGCCUUGAAUGAUCUUGCCGUACAAAAAGCUUCCUCAGGAUUAGAGGUUGCUGAACUGUCUUCCACCUUGUCCAGUGUGGAGGAAGAAAAGAAACAAUUAGUCAGCCAGUGUCAACAUUACAAGUCAGUGCUGAGUGAUACAGAGGGAAUCCUUAAUAAACUUCAAAGCAGUGUAGAAUCUGAGGAGAAGAAGUGGCAGGACAAGAUGUCAAUAAAGGACACAGCCUUGGCACAGGCAACCAAGGAGAUUGCAUCACUACAAGAACAAACCAAGCAACUAGACCAGCUGAAGCAGAUAUCUGCAGACAAUGAGAGAUUGUCCAGUGAGCUUGAGACAGCGCGGACCAGCUUGAGCCAGAUGGAGAAGGAGCGGUCAGCGUCUGCCACAGAGUAUGAAUCGACAUGCCGUGAGCUGAAGGACGUUCAGAAUCAACUCCGGCAACUGAUGGAGGAGUUGAAUACAGCUAAUCAGAGAGCAGAGAAUAGUGUGGAUGUUGCAGAAAUGCAGAAGGUGACAGCCACCUUAAUUGCUGAACAAGAAAAGAGUCAGAAACUGUCCUCUGAUCUGGAGGAAGCUAACCGUAGCCUGGAGCAACUCCGUAAAGCUUCCAGUUCCAGCAAAGACAUCUUACAGCAAGAACUGCAGACCCUGCGUUCCUCUUCUCAGCAACUACAAACAGAAUUAACCAGCACCAAGCAGGAUCUGGAAACAGCCUCCCAGAAACUUGCUCAGUCCACCAAUCAGCUUCUGAGCUCCCAGCAAGACCUAGUCCAGUCUCGGUCAGAGGCACAAGAGCUUAAGCGAAACCUCUCUAGAGCAGAGGAGACAGCAGAAGCAGCUGCUAAAGAAAGACAGGCAGCUGAGCAUAGUCUUGCAGCUCUUCAAAGGGACCUGGAAGCUUCCUCCAAGGAGAAGCAAGAGACUGAGCAGAACCUUGCAGCUCUUCAAAGGGACCUGGAAGUUUCCUCCAAGGAGAAGCAAGAGACUGAGCAGAACCUUGCAGCUCUUCAAAGGGAUCUGGAGGCUGCCUCCAAGGACAAGCAACAGACCGAGCAGAGCCUUGCCAAUUUGAAAGAAAGCCUAGAUGCAAUCUCCAAGGAGAAGGAAGACACUGAGAACAGUCUUUCUGCUUUGCGAGAAAACCUAGAUGCAAUCUCCAAGGAAAAGGAAGAGACUAACCAGAGUCUGGCAGCUUUGAGAGAAGAGCUAGAGGCAUCCCAAAAAGCCCAGCAGGAAACCCUAGAGAGUACUAAGAAGCUCCAAGAGAGUGAGGAAUCCACUCAGAAGCUACAGGAAGAGAUUAACACCUUAAAAGAAAGUCUCCAGAAGGAGAAGGUUCUUACCAGGGAUCUAGGCACAGCAGCAGCCAAACUCCAGGUUAUGCUAAAGAAAACACAGAGCGCCUUAGCAGCAGAGAAGGAGACAGUCUCUGAACUCAAGACUAAGGCAGAUGUCACUGGGGAGCAAGCAGAGAUAAGUAGCACAUUGACAGACAGCCAAGUUGAGCUGCAACUCUUAGAUGCUGCAGAUGAUGAGGAGAAUGGUUCUUGGUGCAUUCUAGAGCAAGCUGCGUCUGAAAAGUCAUAGCUCAGGGUGCCAAUGCCAAACCUACCAAACCAACAGACUCCAGUGAUGGUUCAUCCGUGUAGCAUCUCUACUUGAUGACAUGAAAGAAUCUCCAAAGGCCUUCCAUCCAACUGUAACAUAAAAAUCCCAUGCGUAAUCCUUGCAUUGUAUUGGAUUAGUCGUAGUCGGUGGUAGCCUAGCAUCUUGAAAUGCAUGCAUAUCACAUCCCUAGUUAACGUAGACAUCUCAAGUGCCCUCUCUUGAUACCUUGUCAAAUACAUGGCAUUACUGCUAGCAUCAAUAAACAGUGGGAAUUCUUGCAUUUGAAGUGAAUUCCUAAUACUUGAAUUACCUGUAAAUACCAUACCUUGAUACGGUUGUAUUAGAAGCUUAACAGACUGUAAUCCUCACUCUUAGAAUUCCAUUUGAAGAUCAUAUGAGGGCGCUCUUGAUGUAAAUAGUUAAGGUCAUAGGUCAUUUUUAUUUGAAAGGAUCCAAAGCAGCGCUGUGUAAAACUUUUUGUGCGUGUAUUGCAUAGAAGAAAUUUUAAGCUCUGAUUUCUUUUGCUUUUUUUCGUUGACAAAACCAUAGAAUGGAUAUUCAUUGAGCAGAAAAUGACAGUUUGAGAAGUGCCACUUGUUAGAAUGAUUUUCUAAGAUGUUCUGAUCAAGGGAUGUUCACGGUUCGAUUUUGAAAUCACUUGGGGUUAGGUCUUUGUUUUUUGUGUGUGUGAAGUGCAGCAGGAGUAUUAGUCCAACGUGUGCAAAGUUUGGUCUUGAAACAUAUGCAAUUGGAUACGUGUAUUGUAAUUCUUGUGACUCAAUGUAUCUCUUUCCUAUGGAGGUCCAUCAAAAUGUGUAUACAAUGUUGUCUUUGUUAUCAAGCUUUAUGCAUUGACUCAGAGAAAUAUUCUCUUACAUUUAGAAAUUUCUCUAUUUUGCAUUGUAAAUGUACACCCAUAAUUUACUGCAAAGCCAUGCUUUUUCCCUGGUAACCAUCAGUUCCUUAAAAGAAAAAUGUUGAUAGAUGUUUACCAGUGAAAUGAAAAGGUCUUAAAAUGCACAGUUCAUUUGAUGUCCACUUGGACUGUUGAUGUGGAAUUACUUUAUUUCAUGUCUCCUCUCUGCUGCCUUUUGCUCCAAUCAAGAAACAAACCAUAAGUUUCAAAUUUCAGUUUGCAGUUAAGUACUUAAUUUUCUGUACUGGAUUUUCUUUGCUUUAUAUUUUAUUCAGUUCAAUGGGUGUGUAAUACCUGUGUUCAAAUGGAACUAAGCCAACUUAAAUGGUCAGCAGUACAUGUAGUUUUGUAAACUUCACAGAUGAUUUUACAAAUACAUCCGUAGAAAUACUAAUUGCUUAAUGUCAUUCAUCAAUGACACACGUCCAAAAAGUAGUGAUGUAACAUUCCAAAAUAUAAAUUAAUUGAUCAAAUUAGUAAAACAUUACCAAACUCAUUGUCUGUUUACUUGUUGAAUGUAAACAAUAACUGGUUGUGGGUUUACCUUUUGAGAUAUUGAAUGCAUUGGAAGCAAAGAAACUGAUGUGUUUUGUUUCUUCCCCCCCCCCCCAAAAAUGUUGAAUCCCUUACAAGCUUAUUUCUCUUGUACACUAUCAGGUCACUGCUACAGUACUUUGUGAGUGACCUUGUUAAGUAAGCCAUUUCAUUGUCUCAAUGGCGGAAGGACAUCCAUAUACAGUUCACAUUCCUGAUUGUGUCAGUCUUUGUCAUUGUUUUUCUUUGUUAAACUUACACUUUAAACUGUGAUUCUGCCUACGUUCUCUUCCUGGUACAUCUUAAAUACUUCUGCUUUAUGUACUGACUUACUGAGUUUAAGCUAAGGGUGAAUAUGAGGUCCAGAUCAUUUAAUUAGGACCAGAUAAUUUGUGGGUUUUUUAGUUCAAGUGUAGAAAAGGGAACAUUAACUGGAUUGAAACUGAAUAUGAAAACAGGGUAAUGACCUGAAAGGGUAGGGUUUAUUCAUUUUAUGCGUGAUUGAAGAUAGUUUGAUGUGAAACCUUGUGAUCAUACUGCAAUACAUGUAUAUGCAGUAGUAUUAAUAUUUUCACACGUGUACUAUUUGAACCUAACCUGCUCUCUAAAGUAUCAUUUGCUGUCCACUUGAAAUAUUUUGUUGUGAUAGUUAAAUGCCUUAUGUGUCUUGCUGGAUACUAUUUGAAUCUUGAAAUUUAUUUGGAGAUUACUUUGAACAGCUUUUGCAUUUAAAGUACUGGUGGGCGGAUUGACACUGAAUGUUUUUGGAAUGAAUUGUUUUGUCUUUUAAUCAAAUGCAGGAUAUUUAUAAAGGUUGAUUUUUUUCUGAAGUAAGUUGGUUAAAAUUGAAGGGAAGUUGGUUACCAUGUGCUCGAUCCAUUACCUUCCCUUGUGGGUAGAUGAACGUCGCCAUGGAUAAUCAUUGGGUAAAGACACAAAACUGGUAUCCAUGUAUUGAUCACCUCUGUAAGUAUUUAGGGAUAUAACUGCCUCCUACUUUCUUGGACUUGCUAUCAAGGAAGAGAGUUACGGAGCCUUCACAAUUGAUUAGAUCCAAAUUGAAGUUACACUUGCAAAAAACAUGGUUACACAUUACCAUGAAGGUAACUAAGCUGUUAUGUGAGAGGCGAUUCAACUAACCUAAGCUUGCCAGUCCAGCCUCACCUUCAACGAAACCAUAUAAAGGUCAGGUGACUACUUUUUGGAAGGUGGGUACUACUAAUAAGUAAUAGACCAAGAUUUGCUUCACUUUUAGUCUCGCUAAAUUUAUGAUCGCUUCUUUGUGCAACGUAGCAAACAUUAAAGCAUACAUCAAAAGUGAAUCUGACUACAGCAGAGAUAUUACAAAGUGUUGACCUUUUCAGGCUGCAUUAUUUUGUAGUUCGAAGGCAAUGACAGAUGAACAAUAAAAUGUGAUUGUGUCCUCAAGGUGAACAUUUCCUGAUUCCCAUGCAGUUGGAUUCUUGAUGGUAAGAUAAGCUAUCAAUUCCCGGCAUAUUAUGUCAUAACGAAUAAAAGUGGUUGUCAUGACCAAAUAAAAAAAU